ACAAAAGUCGAGAUCCGUCAUUUUAAAAUAAAUUCUUGAGUGAUUAGGGGACUCGCUACUGCUAAAAAUUAUUGUGUCUUCUUGUUCGAUGAAUUGUUUCAAUCAUGGACCUCUCCUACCUUCACGUUCUGGACCCUGUCAAGGGGGCUCUUGGUCAAGCUGUCAUCAUGCUGAUCACUGCCAUUUAUCAGAACGUUGUUCAGUUCGGAGAUCAGGAUAUGUACCCUAAGGACUAUGCGCAAACUCUCUUGAAGCUCCCCGCCAGUCCAACGUACGAUUUCGUCAUAAUAGGAGCCAGCACUUCGGGUUGCAUACUGACAAAUCGCCUAUCGGAGUCAGCGGAUUUCAAUAUUUUGCUUUUGGAAGCUGGCGGUUACCCUUCGGCCACCUCUGACGUGCCGUUCCUCUUCUCCACUCUGGAAAACUCAGAGGAAGACUGGAGCUUCCUGACGACGAAAGAGAAUUACGCAUGUAAGGGAUUCGUAGAUAGCAGAUGCAUUCUGUCGAGGGGCAAAGUGUUGGGUGGUACUACGACCAUCAAUAAUAUGCAUUAUCAUAGGGGCAGCGCUUUCGACUACGACCGUUGGGACCUGGACGAAUGGAAAUCAAGCACGGUAUCCAAAUACUUCGCGAACCUGGAGAAAUACGUGGGGAAGACAGCCACACCCUUUGACGUCGGCACGAAGGGCAACCUGACCCUUAGCUAUUUCAAAAGCGAUCAUUUCCUCCGCUUGCCACUCUCGAAAAUGUACAAGACGGCAGGGUAUAAGCCACUUACCAGGGGAAAAUCUCUAGGAUAUAGGGACAUGCUGGUGUCCAGCUGGAAAAGCAUCAGGUUGAACAUGGCCCGCGUUUUUCUCGGCCCCAUAAAGCAGAGGACCAAUUUUCAUAUGGCUUUAGGUACGACAGCUACGAGAAUUGUGUUCACGGGUGACAAGAGGGUUGCAGGAGUUGAGAUCAUGAUUGGAAAGUUCAAGAAGUUCGUACGCGUGCGUAAGGAGGUUAUCCUGACCGCAGGACCAAUUAACAACGUCAAACUUCUCCACAUGAGCGGUGUUGGUCCGAAGGAGAUUUUGGAGAACAAUCACAUUCCAGUCAUUGCCGACCUACCCGUGGGAAAAAAUCUCCAGGUGCACCUCAGGGUACCGAUCUUCGUCGCCAUCGACAAGUGCUGCGGACAGUGCUUGAACUGCUCCACUCCCGACUGUCAGAACGACUUCUUCGACUACCACGAAUUCUACCAGAACACGUGGGACUACGUUAUGGACAGGAUCGGGUUCUUCACCAACACAGGUAUCAACGAUUUCGUCGCCUACAUCAGCACCAAUCAGAGAAGGAGGGACGCUCCCAACAUUGCUGUCUUCCACACGUACUUCAAGAGAAACGACUUCUAUCUUAAGCAGUUUUUGAAAAACAGGAGGUUUCAUCCAGCGGUCAUAGCUUCAGUUCUGAAGUAUAACAAGGUACGCAACAUAAUGUUGUUCUACCCCACCCUAAUCUCCCCAGUCUCCCGUGGAGAGGUCUACAUCAAUUCAACCUACUACCAAGCGCAGCCAGUCAUCAAACCAAACUUCCUCACCGACGAGAAUGGAAUAGACUUCCGAAGCAUGUACGCGGCCGUUACCAUGAUAGUGAGCCUGACGGACAGUUUGGCCAUGCAGAGAUACAAGGCCAAGUUCCUCAACAUCGACAUACCGAAUUGCAGAAAUUUCAAGUUCUGCAGCGAGUACUAUUUCAGGUGUCUGAUGGUUAAUCUUGGCAGGCCCACGAGGAAGCUGGGCGGUGUGACCAAGAUGGGGCACAGAUGUCACAAUUCCACAGUCACAGAUCAAGAACAAAAGGUGUUACACGUGCGCGGUCUUCGAGUAGCUGACGUCAGCAUUUCACCGACCAUCGGACGUUCUAAUGGAAUGUCUUCUGACGCUCUUUUCGGUGAGAAACUUGCGGAUGUCCUGCGACACCGAUGGGACCCUCAUUAUUUAUCGAUGUACAGGAAGAAGAAAUCGGCCAUCAAUGUUGUACUUGAGUCCAGUUGAAUAAAAUUCGUAUAAUCUU